AUGCAUGGAUGUACCGUGACAAGGAUUUUCUCUAUUGUGCAGAAAGAGCAUCGACCAGCAUGGCCUGUACUUCGUCAGCUUUACUGCCCGCGCGGUCUCCGCACUCACUAUCCUCUUCAACCCCGGAUAACUCCGCUCGUGGCGAAACGGGGAGCUACAACAACAAACAAAAGGCUCUAUAUCGACCAUGAUAUCCGGCCUGCUGCCGAGAUCAACCGUCAACUCUCCUUCACCCAGGAAGUGUUUAACAAAUCACUCGCGCUGACCCACAGCCGAAUGAACGAUGUGACUGAGUUGCGGUGCGCGCUUUUCAAUACGAACGGCUCCCUCGUGUCCUCGGAGACUCUCAUGACCAAAGUUGACAUCGCGAAACAAUACGGAAUAGACAUGCGCGACCUGCGUAAUGCCGAUCUCGUAUCUGAGGGAUCUCCACACAUCCUGGUCCGGCCUUCCACGAUAUUCAUCAGCAUCUUCUCUUUGCGGCUACUCAUCCAGUCAGACCGGGUACUCCUUUUUCUUCUUGACUCUGAAAGCGACGAUGUCAAGAUGGAGGAUAUAUUCGAGCAGAAUCUGCAAUCGAGGAUACGCACUGACCCGGGGCCCGACGCUAUGCCAAGUCUUCCCUACGAGUUGCGUGUCGUCGAUGCCGCUCUGGCAUCAGUUACAGCAGUCCUUGAAGCGGAGCACCUUCUACUUCGAGAGGAGGUUGGACAACGACUCCGCGAUUCGCAACGGGAGGAAGGCGUGCACUCCACUUUACGUGAGCUGCUAGAGCAUAGAAAGAAACUGGUUACCAUCGAGCAACGUGCACGUCAGGUACGCUCUGCACUGCAAGAGCUUCUCAACAACGACGAAGACCUGGCCAUCAUGUAUUUGUCAGAUCAGCGUGCGGGUAAGCCGCAUGCCAUUGCAGACCAUCAAGAAGUCGAAUAUCUCUUGGAGGCAUAUUACAAGAAUGCCGAUGCAAUUGCCGAAUCUUCCAACGCUCUGGGAGGGAACGCCAGUCGCACGGCAGGGGCGAUUGAGUCGAUGCUAGAUGUGCGGCGCAAUCAGAUCCUGAUUUUAGAGGCACAGCUUGAGAUUUGGAUGCUCGGUCUUGCUGUGCCGACCAUCGUGGCGGGCCUAUUUGGAAUGAAUGUGAUCAACUAUUUCGAAGAGAGUACCUCGGCAUUUGCUGUGCUUGUCUCGGCGUGUGCGGUAGGAACUAUGCUUAUUGCACGGUACGGGAUGAGGAGACUCAAAAGGAUCCAGAAGAUGCAGCUUUAG